CCAGACCGGGGGAAGUUCUUCUCCAAUUGUCUCAUUUGAAAGGGACGAAGAAAUCAACCCCUCCCUCUCUCCUUUUCUUCCCUCCCUCCCUUCACUCGUCCUCUCUCUCUCCCUCUCUGUCCUUCUCUCCAUCCCCUCCCCCCGUGACAGAGCACACCUGCCUGAUCUUGGCUGCAGGCGUCCACACAGUGAUCAGCCCUCGGCCUGCCUCGCUGCACAUCGGCUCCAGCCCUCUCUGGAUUUGCGGAUCUUCGUCUGCAGCUCUACGCGCUCCUGUACGUACAGGCCUUCAUCAGCAACAUGAAAUCGGCCUGUCUUUCCCUGCUUUUGGUGUCCGUAUGCUGGGCUCUGCCCUUCCGUCAGUCUGGCUUCAUGGACUUCAUGAUGGAGGACGAACCGGGCUCAGCAGAUGAGCCCUUGUCUGCGACUCGUAGACCACCCAUUAAGUUGCCACCUAUUGAAGUUGAUCGAGAUUUUGUACCUGAUGGACCUUUCUGCCCCUUCCGAUGCCAGUGCCAUCUGCGAGUGUCCCAGUGUUCUGAUCUAGGUCUGAAGAACGUUCCAGAAAAAAUUCCACUUGAUACCACUCUCCUGGAUUUGCAGAACAACAAGAUCACAGAGAUCAGAGAAAACGACUUCAAAGGCCUGAAGGGUCUCCAAACACUCAUCCUGGUCAACAAUAAGAUCACCAUUAUUCAUGCCAAGGCCUUUUCUUCUCUGAUCAAUCUGGAGAGACUCUACUUGUCCAAGAACCUUCUGAAGGAAGUUCCUGCUAACAUACCGAAAAGCCUCCAGGAGCUGCGCAUUCAUGAGAACCAGAUUAACAAGAUAAAGAAGUCCUCCUUCGCCGGCAUGGCUAAUGUCAUCGUCAUGGAGCUGGGCUCUAACCCUCUGAGCAGCUCUGGAGUUGAUAAUGGUGCUUUUGCUGAUCUGAAGAGGGUCUCUUACAUCCGAAUUGCUGACACCAACAUCACUGCCAUUCCCAAAGGUCUGCCUAGCUCUCUGUUUGAGCUUCACUUGGAUGGAAACAAGAUCACCAAAGUGACCGCAGACAGUCUGAAGGGCCUGAAGAACCUGUCCAAGCUUGGUCUAAGCCAUAAUGAGAUCAGCGUGGUGGAGAACGGCUCUCUGGCCAAUGUGCCUCACCUGAGGGAACUUCAUCUGGACAAUAACGCGCUCACUACGGUUCCUACCGGCCUGCCAGAACACAAAUACAUUCAGGUGAUCUACCUUCACGCCAACAAGAUUGCUGCUGUGGGAACAGAGGACUUCUGCCCACCCGGCUAUAAUACAAAGAAGGCCAUGUACUCGGGCAUUAGCCUGUUCAGUAAUCCAGUGCCCUAUUGGGAGGUCCAGCCGAUCACCUUCCGCUGCGUCUUCGACCGCUCGGCCAUUCAACUGGGCAACUACAGGAAGAAAUAGAGCGUCCAAUCAGACGGCUCAGUCACUGUUUUCAUCCCGCCCCUUCCUGUCUGACCUAAUCCUUUCAAGCACAUAACUUAGUCUGAAUGUCAUAUCUCAGUUAACUCGAAAUAAACUACAAUUCCAUUUUCAACAUGCACUUUACUGGACAGAUGUCACAUGAUACUUUCAAAUAGCCAAAUGCAUAUCAGUAUUGUACUGAAAAUACAUAUUGUGUUGCUAUAAGUGCAGUUUAUAAAAAAGGAAAUGUAUGAUUUUGAGAAGUUUUGCAAAAAAAAAAAAGAAAAGAAAAUGAAAUAAAGUAAAGCCAUGACCACUUAGAAUAUCCAAUAGCGCAAAUCGCCCAGAUGAAAUUAAUUUUUUCGAAGGUCCGUUUUGGAUCUUCUGGACCUAAGCCAUGUUCUUCUAAGUUUUUCGCUGGCCUGUGGAGCGGGCAGCAAGGGGUUAACAAUUAACAAAAGCUUGUAUGCUAGAAUGUACUCAGUUAUUACUUUCCAUGUAGCGCUACUUCAGAUUGUGCUGUUAAAAAAUUGUUGUUUCUCUCGGUAUCAAUUGAAAUGGGAGAAAACAGGGAGCUGGGCUAUACGAGUUUCUCUUCGUCUCAAUUCAGAUGUUUUGGUGACAUUUGUGUUCAUUAGUUUCCUUGGAUCCCGUCUGCUCUGCCCAGGUGAACAUAGCGCUUCAAGAUGUAGAAUAAACUAUUGUCAUUUCGACGAAAGCGAUUCCCUGACGUAUACGCAUGCUUUUUCUACUCAUUGACUGUGGUGUUAUGUGCGAGUGUGUAUGUGUGUUUCUUUCUUUUUUGUGUUUGUUGGUCAUCUGUGUUUCAGUCUGGAAGGAUCGGGAGGGUGACGGCAGACAUGGACACCUCCUGCUUUCAUGAGAGUCAUGAAUGUCUCUUGUAUAGACGCUGUAUAUAAAUGCUGUAUAAAAGAAUCCUAUCAAUGCUUUGAAGCACAAGCACUUACAGUAGUUUGGACUUUAAUAUAUCGGCAAUAAAGGUAAUCCCUUUCUCUCUCUCUCUUUCUCUCUCUCUCUGUCCAAUGAGGGCUCCGACACAGGUGUCUUUUGAACCAAAUAAACAGUCAAAUCUCUCA